AUGCUUUUCGGUGGGCCAUCCUCACUACAACGUGCGUCAAACCUCUGGGCCGCUUCGGACAAUAGGUAUAACAAGACCAAGGAGCAAACCAAGCGUACAAAGAAAAGGGAAUCUUCUCUACGGUAUGACCGCGCACUGAUGAUGCCUCUUCGACUGAUGAUGAAACGUUUGCGAUCCAACUGCCAAGCUCGGAGAGCGGGCCAACAACCUAGCAGCUCACCACAAUGCCGAGGUUCCUAUGACUUUCUCAUGGUUCAACAGCGACAUCGAAAAUCUCCAUUUCUCGACGCCAGCUAUGACGAUCUGCGGGUCGAUGCUGGUCCGGAGAAGACUUUAAUCAACACUGAAGUGGGACCGGACUACGCGCUCAAAGUAUACGAGAGAAAAAGUGCUGAGGCCACAACAGAAAUCAAAGAUAUGUUGUUACGCGCAGGCUCAUCGACUACAAGGGAACACAAGGGCGAUAAAGGAUCAACUGAAACGCCGACAGACCUCAGACAACCAAGAUUGAUUCGCAAGAUAGUGGCCAUGACAAGUGUUGAUCGAAAUAUCCGACCCAACGGUUGA